AAUCGCCUUCAUCGCAUGAAGAAGAGGCAAAGGCUGUCGGCCUACUGUUGCUACCUGCGUGACGACCUGCCAACUCAAGUCAGCAUCGCAGUGAAGACAGCCCUCAUCAUGCCCUUCCGGGCAACGGCGACUGCGAGCCUUCCCGCUGAGGUCUUUGAUUACAUCCAGGCGUUCAUUGGGGUUCCGACGCCUCCCACAGUGUCGCUUCCCAUCAGCCAGCAGCUGCCCUUCGGCCGCUGCAUCAAUCAGAUGGUCAACAGCUACUUAUCAUCGGCCUACCAGAGCAUUCGAGAAACCGGCACAAUGGAGGCAUGUGGGCUUGGCGAUCUAUUGGAUCAGGUGCGUCAGAAAGCAAUGGAGGAGGGAAGGCGACUCGGUAUUAAUGUGAUGUCAGCCGACAAGUAAGUUUUAUCUAUCAAGAAGAGAGACGUUGAUAUCCCUUGAUGGCAUCAUUGUUGUGUGUGGUGUGAUUCAGGGUUAAGUCACAUGGGUGGGCUUUACGUUUCUGCGCGCACGUGCCUGCAAGCGACUGAUGCGAAAGGAGGGAGAAGGCGCAAGGGGGAGGAAGAGAUGAAGGGGCAUGGAAUGGAUGGAUGGAUGGAUAGAUGACAUGGUGCGGUAGACAUCGGUAGACAUUGUUGUGUUAGUGAUAGCUUGUUGGCCAAUGGACUCCACUGUCUCUCGUCUCUGUCAAUUAGUGUAAUUAGUGUAUGUGUGGUGCCGAGAGGCACAUCAAGAGACGCCUAAACUACCCUAAAGAUCAUCGUUGUUCGUACCUGCGAGCUUAUGUUGCAGAUCUGUCCCUCCUUCCUUUUCUUCCCCGCAGCGAACACGCAUCACGCAUGGCAUGUGUACACACCUGAUCGCCCUUUUUAUCGCCAUGACGGCAGAUCUGCUGCAGCAGCCAGUCCAUUCCUGUCGCCCGCAUUAUGAUGGCAAAGCCAUCAACGGGAGGAGGAGAGAUGCAUUCCUGCCUCACCCCGUGCGGCCUUUGGUCGAGCUUCGUCCGCUCACACGACUUGGUGCCUCGUCCGAGCAGCCUCAAACUCAGAAGCUUGCUCUGCUCAGGCUUGAGGCGGCGAGGCUCAGAAGACACCUGGUGGAACUGGAGGCUAACAGGACGUCAGACGUCGCCAAAACAGAGGAGGUACGUGUGUGAGCAAUUCAUGGAUACACACAGAGGGGACAUUCAUCCAUCGAGGGAGGCAUCUUCGUCUGUGUCACCGUUUGUGCGUGCGUGUGCAGGUUCGCCUGGCGCUUGAGAGGUUGGAAGCUGACGACCCUAUGUGGCAGUACUGGGUGGCAAGACGGCGCAUGAAGGACACGGCCAUGCGAGGCGCAUUUCAGGAAGCUGCCAUAAACCGGGACAAAGCCAAGGCGGUACGCUCACACACACAUACACCAGCAGAGCCUGACACCUCUACUAACUCACCCAGCUACGUCGUUCAUUCGCCUGCAUGUGUCUGUGAAUACAUUAUAGGCAAAGAAAGCACUCCCUCAGUACCAGUUGUCUGGUUUAUGGGUCGCUGAUUAUGAGGGGAACAGUGCGUCUAGACGCCUGCAGCUCAUCAAGAUGGCCUACGAGGACGACGACACACUUGUGGCAAGGAAGGUCAUCGGCGAUAUGCAUGUUCCAGAGGGACAGGUGAGCAACACAUUCACACACAGUGCAUUCCUCUCUGUUUUUCCUUUUUUAUGUAGGUGACUUUCCGUGUUGACGUCUCUCAACUGCCAUCGCUAAAUCCGCUGUCCAUUCCCGGGCAGUCUGUGGGCACUUACGUUGAAGCGCUGGAGGGAGAAGGGCAAGUGGCUGAUCCUGGGCACGCCAACGCGCACUUUGUGGCUGGGCGGCUGAUUCUACUUGGCGAGAGGACCAUCGCCUUCGGGUGGGUGGGCGGAGGUGUAGAUAGAUGGGUGGUCUUCGAGCGCUUGAACGAUGAGCUGUUGAGCGAGAUAUUGCGGCAACACAGGCGGCUUCACAUGACUGGCGAAUAAGUGGGAGGGUGUUGUGUGUGUUCGAUGGAUAGCAAGAUACGGGGGCGGGUGACAUUGUGAUAAAGAGAGAUGGGUGCAUACAAACACUAUCACAUAUAUGUCACUCACAGCUGAACGACCACCGAUCA